AUGACAACAGACAAUGCGUUGAUGCGUGAGGUGCGCCUGAAGCCGGGUCCCAGUGGCUGCUUCAUCCCCACUCAACGCCUGCUCCGUCAUGUGGGAAAGCAGUCGUCGCUGUGUGCAUGUAGGAGCAAGCAUCCGCGUGGGCUCAUCUACGCGUGGCGGAAGUCCAAGCUCAAUAGAUCCCUUUGUUCGACGCAGCAUAACGCAUUGAAGCACCCGCGCGCAGUCCUCCGCCGCCGUGACGGGGUCAUCGCCGUCGCCGACGCCGCCGUCGUAGCUGGCACAGUAGGAGGGGUACAGGAAGCUCAUCAGGCUCCACACCUCCCCCACGUUGUUAUGUACCGGGGUACCCGUCACGGCGAGCCGAAAGCACGCCGUGAGUUUCCGUGCCACGUAGGAGAUUAUGGUAUUACGCCCCUUCAGAACAUGCGCCUCAUCCACCACGGCCACAACCCAUGCCCGUUUUCGGAAAAACCCGCGGUCCUGAUUGAGAACAGCGGGGGUUGUCACAAAGACGCAGUGGCGAUAGCCCCGAGUGGUGCGCAGUGA